AUAUAUUUUUUUUCCACAGCACAACGGCUCCCUUUCCUUCUCAUUCCUCGCGGGGAGGGGCGGCGCCGACGCCUCAUCGACUAGUUCACUCCAUCUCCAUCUCCAUCUCCAUCUCCAUCUACAUAUACGGCCGCUUCCAACUGCAAUCUCCUGCCUGCCCAGCGAUUCUUCCCACGAUUUCCUUUCCUGCUUUUCUCAUCCCUUUUGUUUCUUCACUCCGGCUCACCGCGCGAACCAAUCUUCUGCCUUCACACAACCAAUUCAUCAAGCAGAUCGAGAUGGAGUGCGAGAGCAACUACAGCAAGGAGCAGAGGCUCAACGGCGACAGCCUCGUCUUCGACCUUGAUGACACGCUGUAUCCGGUGACCUCCGGCAUUGGAGCCGACGUCGUAAGGAACAUCCAAGCUUAUAUGAUCGAAAAGCUUGGUGUGGAAGAGAGCAUCAGUUUGGAGCUAUGCGUCCUCCUCUACAAGCAGUAUGGAACUACCAUGGCCGGUUUGAGGGCUGUUGGGUACCAGUUUGAUUAUGACGACUUCCACAGCUAUGUUCAUGGAAGGUUGGCUUAUGAGAAAAUUAAGCCUGAUCCAGUACUUAGGAACAUUCUCCUAAGCUUGCCAAUCCGCAAAGUUGUCUUCACAAAUGGUGACAGAAUUCAUGCUUCAAGGGCCCUCAAGAGGCUAGGAAUAGAAGAUUGCUUUGAAAGAGUUGUGUGCUUUGAGACACUGAACCCAACAUCAUCCUCUCUUUCGGCAGCUGGUCAGGUUGAAAUUUUUGAUAUAAUGAAGCAUCUGGCUCAUCCAGAGCCUGGGGUUGAACUACCAAAGUCGCCAAUCCUGUGCAAGCCAAAUAUAGAUGCCAUGCGGCAAGCUCUCAAGGUUGCCUCCAUCAAUCCGAAGACAUCGAUAUUGUUUGAUGACAGCGCCAGGAACAUCCAGGCUGCGAAGCUAAUAGGAAUGUAUACUGUCCUGGUUGGAACUUCUGAAAGAAUAAAGGGUGCUGACCAUGCGUUGGAAAGCCUUCACAACAUGAAGGAAGCAUUGCCUGAGCUGUGGGAUGAAGCUGUGAAGGAUGAGGAUGUCAGGAAGUCAAGCAAAGUCGGAAUUGAGACAUCUGUGAUCGCUUAAAACUCCCAUGAAUGUUUCUGAUGGAGAACAGCAUGAGAUGAGUGGAUCAUUUUUCAGAGCUCAUCUCUGCACUUUCUUAUGUCUGAAAGUAGAUGUGCUAAUUUAGGGGAGAUUUUACUCUUCUUCAUGUACUGUGUGAGUGUGUGACUGCCUGUAAUAAAUAAAUAAAUAAAUGCCAUCUAUGAACUGACAAUACAAUUCCUGGUGAUGUUUUGUUCU